AUGAUUACGUAUUCGUAUCGAUCGUCAUGUCAUUAUCUCGUUUUUUUCUUUCUCCUGAUUCUCCUGUGCUUGGCUUCAACCUCGUCCUCCGCCACAUUCCUCCCCAAUCAUAUAUUUGACCCUCCUCGUGGACCCUUUGGACGCUCGCUUCUUCAAACCCAAAAAACUUGCCCUGUGAACUUUGAGAAUCAGAAUUACACAAUCCUUACAAGCAAGUGCAAGGGACCAAAUUACCCACCCAAGAUCUGUUGUGAAGCUUUAAAGGAAUUUGCCUGCCCUUUUGCAGAGCAGGUUAGUGACGAAAAAAGUGAUUGCGCUACAACCAUGUUUAGCUACAUAAACAUCUAUGGGAAAUACCCUCCUGGCCUGUUUGCAUCUCAAUGUAAAGAAGACAAUAAAAUUGGUCUUGAAUGUGCGGAUGCUGAGCCACCAAAACCCAGCAGCAGCAAAGCCUCCCCAUCGGCGGCUCACGUAGCACUGGCCGCUGCUAUCAUAUUAUUAUCAUUACAUUUCCUUUGA